CACCUGAACACCACGAUACCACUGUAACACCACACAUUAGCACUACUCCUCAUCCUCAUUCUGAUACAACUCAUGCUCAAACGCCCAACUCAACUCACGUUCAUGAGGGAACCACCCUGAAGCCGGUGGAAACCACCACUCACAAGGUGGAGACCAGCACCUCUCGCUACCAUUCCAACUUCCGCAAUCCGACCUGCAAUUUUACCGCCUGCGUCGAGCCGAAGUGCCAGUGCCUGGAUGAUAAGCCACCAAAGGGUCUCUUUGCCGAGAACAUUCCCCAGUUUGUGACGAUCACCUUCGACGGCGCGGUGACGGUGACCAACUUUCCCUUCUACAAGGACCUCUUCACGCUGACCAAUCCGAACAAGUGCCCGGUGACGGCCACCUACUUUGUGUCACACGUCGACACCAACUACAAGCUGGUGCACGAGCUGCAUCGCCGAGGCAACGAGAUUGGCGCCCACUCCAUCAGUAAGUCGAAGAACAACUGGCAGGACUACUGGAAAACGCUCUCCUACGAGAAGUGGGUGGACGAGUUUGGCGGUCAGAAGAAGAUUCUCUCAAAGUAUGCGGCCAUUCCGCUGGAGGACGUGAAGGGCGCACGAGCUCCCAAUCUGCAGACUGCCGGCAAUCUGACCAUUGCUGCCCUCGUCCAUGAAAAGUUCGAGUACGACUGUUCGAGUCCCUCUCGAAUGGGCAUCAAAACGCCUUUCUUCCCCUACACCUUCGACUACGGCGGCCAGCGAGGCAACGAUUGCCCAGUGCAGCCUUGUCUCACCGACGAACAGGUCUUCCCCGGCUUCUGGGAGGUGCCCAUGAAUGAUCUCAACGUCGUCUACACUGUCAAAGGAG